AUGCCUUUGGCUAGAGAUUUACUACAUCCAUCCUUGGAAGAGGAAAAGAAAAAACAUAAGAAGAAACGCCUAGUGCAAAGUCCAAAUUCUUACUUUAUGUAUGUAAAAUGUCCAGGUUUCCACCAGAUCACCAUGGUUUUCAGCCAUGCUCAGAUAGCGGUUCUUUGUGUAGGUUGUUCAACAGUGCUUUACCAGCCUACAGGAGGAAAGGCCAGACUCAAAGAAGGGUGUUCAUUCAGAAGAAAGCAAUGCUAA